AUGGGCUCUUACAUGGGGUUUGACAUGGUUCCACGCCUAUCAGAAGGCCUGUUAGACAAACACAACUGGGAAAUGUUCUUGACAUUCACCAGAGAGCGAUACCAAGACGACGAUCAAGUCGAAGUGAAGCCGAACUAUAUUGCAUUCAAGUUCGACUCGAACCUGCUACUUCCAUUCGAAAGUCACAAGUUCCUACGUUUUGGUACAAUGAUUCCGAAUGAAGACUCCGGUAAAUGGAGAAAAUAUAUCGAUACUGUCAGUCGGAUAGCCACCGUCUGCUUCGAAUCAAGAGCUUAUUGCUGGGAUGAGGGAUCAGGGAUACCGGGUCACUACGGUUGGGAUGAAGUACAACAAUCGAUCAGAUCAUACGAGCCGUUCGACAAACCGAAUACGCCUACCACCAUAGGCCAAUUAGUGCUCGGUACGGAUCCAAUCAGUGAGCCCAAUCUGCCACUCUACAAAAUACAGCCAGUACCGGGGAAGGGACAAGGCCUCGUGGCACGCUUCAACAUUGCGAAAGGGCAGUUGAUUGUCUCCGAGAAGCCAUUGCUCACAACUUUGAACAUUACAAACACAACGACGAUGGAGAAACAAAUAGCAACAGAGCUACGAAAGUUACCAAAGGAUGCUCAACGCCAGUUUCUGUCCUUGCAUAACAAUUUCCCAGGAAAGCAGCCGUUCAGUGGCAUUGUCCGAACAAACGCUCUGCCAUGCGGCCCUGGAUCUAUGACUGGAGGCAUUUAUUCUACUAUCUCACGGAUCAACCACAGUUGUUUGCCUAACGCGCACAACAGCUGGGACAGUUCUUUGGGACGUGAAAAUAUGUAUGCAGUUCGAUUUAUUAAGGCAGGAGAAGAGAUUACUUUCCCCUACGAUCAUGGGGGUCCCUCAGACGAGCGACGUCGUCACUUGAAGGAGGCAUUUGGGUUCGAUUGCGAUUGCAGCAUUUGCUCAAGCCAACCCGAUCAGCUGCAACAGAGUGACAAGCGCCGCCGCCAGAUGAAACUCCUGGAUGCCGCGAUUGGUGAUGGGUCCCGGGUGAUGUAUAGCCCCAAGGACUGCCUCAAAGAUUGCCAAGCUCUUGUUCAAAUUCUUGAGGAGGAGUACGAAGGUAGCCAGGACCCUCAUCUUACUAGGCUUUACUAUGAUGCUUUCCAGAUCAGUAUUGUACACGGCGAUCAGGCGCGUGCUAGGGCUUUCGCGGAGCGGUCAUAUAAAGCAAGGGUGGCUUCUGAGGGAGAGAACCACGAAACAAUAAGGAUCCAGAGACUGAUGGAAGAUCCAACAAGACAUGCCAGUUUUGGUUUGUCAACGAAAUGGAAGAGCUCGAAGAACCAGGUUCCUAGGGGGUUAAACUCGGAUGAGUUUGAGAAGUGGUUGUGGAGACAAGGCAGAUAG